GCUGAUGAUAAAUCACUACUUGCACGCUUCUACCAUGCAGAUCGUUCACUCACAGCUGUUGCCAGCGAACUGGAUAGCUUCGAUGGCCGUGCAGAACCAGAUCGUUGUUCACGUCUUGUUAGUCGGCUACGUCAAGGACAGGACAAAGUGCUCGCCAUCACUAAUUUAAUAAUGGAAGAGUUGCUCGGCGACGAACGCCAUCCGCGCGCGUUUCGUGCCAAAUUCCCCGAGGAAGUAUUACAAGAGAAUCUUGCUGGCCAGCUGUGGUUCGGCGCAGAGUGCCUCGCUGCCGGUUCAUCGAUAAUGCAUCGCGAACAGGAGAGCAAAGAGAUGCGUCCGCUGGCACAGGCGGUGACGAAGAGUCUGGGCACGGUGCGUAGUUUGUUGCGCGAUCAAUGCCUGCGUAACAAUGUGCCGAAUAGCAAAACACUGCAUUUGGAUCUGAAUGAUUCGGCUACGGAGCAAUUGCAUGAAAGUUUGAAGAUCUUCGAUCGGUUAUUUGCCGAAUUCGAAUUACGUUACGUCAGCGCGAUGGUGCAGGUGAAGACGAAGGAGGAGUAUGAGAUGCAGGAGCUGAUUUGUGUGCUGUUUUCGGAGACACUGCAACGUGCACUUAAACUUGGCCUGAUCGAUCAGGAUAAAGUAGAUACAUUCGAUCCGGCUUUGAUGUUUUCCAUUCCACGGUUGGCAAUCAUAACUGGGCUCGUCGUUUACCCAAAGGGGCCGCUGAAUAUGGAUAUGUCUGCGGAUCAGCUGUCCGAAAUGUUUCGGCCCUUUCGCACGAUACUCAUAAAAAUACGUGAUCUAUUGCGUACGCUGAGCAAGAGCGAGCUGCAGCAGCUGGAAAAGCUUUUGUGCACCAAUGAGGAUAUACAGCUGAAUCAGCCAGUUGGGACCAGCAGCAUUGAGGCGCCGAGUGAGGAUCAACAGAACAACAAUAGCAACAUCAGCACUAUUAGCACAAACACUAGCAUCCAGAACCCCGCCAGCACCGUAACGGAAGAAACGGCAGAUACCAUAUCGCUAGAGCAACGAAACAAUAAUCUAAGCAACGCGAUGUCCAGCGCUGCUACCUGGGAGACGCAAGUUCCAACCGCUGAUCGCAACUCAACAAGUUCAAAAAGUGAUUUAAGAACUAAUAAAAUAGAAGAUGGUGCCGUUGCAAAGUCCCGUUGUAGCUCUUGCGUGCGUCGCUCGGUAUCAUCAGCCUCUGGUGAUAGUUCAGCAAUUUCCACACCCGCCGUUUCGCCUACUCCAUCACAUUCGAUUGUGUCUACAACAUCUGCUGUGACCAACAGUUCGACUACCUCACCUGCAGACUGGUCCGAUGAGGACGACGAGGACACUGAGGAGGAUGAAGACAAUGAGGACGAUGAUGACGACGACGUUGACGAUGAUGAUGUUGAUAUUCUCGCCAAUGCAGACGAAGAUGACGACGAGGUCGUGAUCGGUGAUUGUGAGAACGAAGACAUGGUAUCCGCCGAUUGCGCUUCCGGCUAUCUCAUUCCAAACACAAAUUUCGGCAAUCUUUUGCAACCUCAAGAAGUUCCUUUGACGGGCAAUUUCAUCGCCAGUGAAGAUGAUCUUUCCAGCAAUGCAAAUGUGGAGGUGGAAGAUGAGCAUGCGUUUUCAGACGUACCCACCACCAGCGCGGCAUUGAGACGGCUACAUCUUAAUAGUCAAACUGAACACUCAUCCAUGGAAAGUGGCGAUAAGACGACAAUAAUCGUACCAACAGCAACCACUUUAACGCCCUCACCAAAGUCAUCUCCCUCCAGUGGCAGUAGUGAUAACAUUUCCAGCCACCAUAGCACUGAAACUGAUAAGGUGUCUGCAUGCAGCUGUGAGCCUACAACUUCCUCAUCCUCGACAACGCGUAGCAAUAAAACCGAAUCGAGCGGGAAACAGUCAACACAACAUCAUUCCAGCAGCCAUCGUCACCAUCAUCGUCAUCAUGACCACAGCUGCACAUCAGCACGAACACAUGCAACGCACAGUCAUCAUACCCAUCACAGUCCUUCAAGCCGUCACCAUCCCUACCAUCAUCAUAGCCAUCACCAUCAUCAUCGGCGUAAUCGCAGCCACAAUGAACACACAACAAAGGCGAAAAACAACAGUGCUGAAACUGGUGUUAGUGUUAGUAGUGAUGCCACCGCACAUCAGGUGGUGAAACCGUGUGAAGUGAAGGAAGGCAAGAAGUCGAAGUCGACCACAUGUCUCAACAACACCUCGAGCGCAGAUAGCAGCACUGCAUCUUCGCUGUCCGAUGGUGUUGUUGAUGUGCAUCAACAACCUAACGAAGUUAGUCAGGCUAUAAAGGUGGCCACGCGCAAAAGAUUCAAAAGCAUCGAAAAUCUAUUGCAUCGCCUUUUCGUUUGCAUUGCCGGCGUGGCUGAUCAACUGCAGACGAAUUUUGCAGCCGAUUUACGUCAAAUACUACGCAGCGUGUUCCUCAUGAAUAUGUCGCCGGCGCAGGAAGAGCUCGAUAUACCCGAAAAACCAAAAGAAUCGGAACUGUUUGAGUUCCGAGCUUCCGAACAAGAUGUGAUACAGGAGAAUGCUGGCUCCAAUCAGAGCAUUUAUUCAGCGGAGGAAGUCAAUCCCGAGCUAGACAGUGUGUUCCACAAUAAUGGUGGCGGCAGCGGUUCAGGCAGUGGCAGCAACAGCAGCAGUAGUAGCGGCGUUGUCAGCAGUAGUAACAAUCGGCAUUCCCUCGGCGGUGCCAUACAACGCGGCCAUACCAUAGACGUGGCUGAUCCGAAUGCUGCGCCCGGUGUUGGAGUGGGACGCACACAUGUCAGUCGCAGUCGUAGCUUGGGUGAUCAAGAUCACAGUGAUAUAGGUGCAACGCCUGCCACAUCGUCUGCCACGACAACUGUUGGUUGUCAAAGCAGUCGCUUGAACGCUUACAUCAGCGGACAGAGGCAGCGUCGAAAUCGUAACGAUUCGGUAGGUAGCGCCUCGCCCAUUUCAUCAGCCUCUUCAUCAUCUGCCUCAUCGGAAAACAACUCGCCAGUCAGUCAGCGCGCCUCAAUAACGACCCCCACCAGCAGUCACAUCAACUACGUUAACAACAACAAUAACAAUCCUACAGCGACAAGAACAACACCACCGUCAGCGGCCGCCACCGCCGCCGCCACUGCUACAACCGCUGCUGCCAGCAUGCGCACCGCCAAUGUGAAUGCCCGCCUAUCGCCACCCGCCUGGGUGCCAGAUGAUAAAGCGCCGCGCUGCAUGUCCUGCCGCACACAGUUCACAGCAUUCCGGCGCCGCCAUCACUGUCGCAACUGCGGCGGCGUGUUCUGUGGUGUCUGCUCCAAUGCAUCGGCGCCAUUGCCCAAAUAUGGACUGACGAAGGCGGUGCGCGUAUGCCGUGAUUGUUAUGUGCGUGAAGUGCGUGUCAACACGACAGGCGCCGGCGGUGGCAGCGCUGGGCGUAGCGCUUCCUUGUCGCCACGCUCAAACACAGCUGCAGCUACUGCGGGUGGUUCGUAGAAGAGCGCACAGCAACGCUGGAGUGGAGAGGGAAAAAUAGGAAACGUAAGAGGAAUGGUGACGCUUAACAAGGCUUUUGCGCCGUUGCUGUUGCCUAUUAAUUGCUGCUGUGCUACCGUUCGCAGUCACGCAUGAUUUUGGAACCUUUUAAGCUGCAAAUAUUUUCCAAUUUUAUUUUUAUUUUUAUUUGUUCAACUGUAAAUAGUGAAAAUUACACAAAGUGAAUGUGUAAAAAUGAAAUGUAUUGGACCUUUAAGUUAGUGCGACAAUUACAACAAUGUGCGUUGUAAGCUAGGAGUAUAUUUUAAUUUGUCAAACUAAAUGCAAUUCUAAUGCAACAAAAUGCUGUAACGGAAAUUCAAAGCGCCGGCUUUAACUAAACUUUGGCUAUCACGCAGAUAAUUAUUUGUGGAAAGGGAGUAGGAUUCUGGGAUUAAAUUUUGUGGAAAUAUACUAAGCAAAUUUAUGUACUAGGAGCUGUUGGCGCUAAUAGAGAAGGAAUUACAUAACAAACCCGUUCUAACUUUUCCAAUUUAAGGGGUUAUAUAUCUUGUGAGCCCGAAAAAAUGGACGAUUGUCAUAAUUUUUUUUAAAUAUGUUUUAGAACUUUUAUUCAAAUGAGGCACGUAUCAUACUGAAGGGUAACUCUCGAAAAAUAAAUUUUGGUGUUUUUCUUUUAAAAAAUGUUAUUAUUUAUUGAUGACAUCGCCCCUCUCCCGAAACGCCGUUUUUUAGAAGCGGCUUGAGGUGAUCAUGGUAGCGCAUGAGCAGCUCAACUGAAAUCAAAAAAAUUAAAUGAUUAUUGUAGAAAAAUGGUUUUUAGUGAAUCUGAACGGUUUAUUUACCCAAAAAAAAAAAAUUUUUCUCAAUAUGAAAAUCGCUUUGCAUAAAAAAAAACAAUUUUUGAGGGGUUGAAAAUUAAACAAAAAAAAUUUAUUCCAGCAAACUAUGCAAAUAUUUAUAAAAAGUGAAGCGUUCAGAUUCACGAGGUUGUAACUUCGAAUAAUUAAAAAAAAGUUUAUGCAAAUCGGUCAAAUAGUUUUUGAUAAAUAAUUAUCACCGCGACGGUAAUUCUCAAAAAAACAUGACUUCGAGAUAAUCGCGUCUAAAGUUUUGCGUGCACUUCUCGUUCCAAGAAAGGUCGCGCGUUUCCACGGCCUGUAACUUUCGUUCUAGUGCUUCGAUCUUUAUGAUUUUUUGAAUUUAUAUUUUUAAGAGGAUGUACUUUUCGAAUAUGCCAUAAACAAAAUUUUGAUUUUUUAAUCCAACACAAGGUAUAUAACCCCUUAAAUCACUAAAUUUAAAGAUCUUUCGACCAAACACCUAACAGAAGUAUUCGCGCCAGUUAAUUAUUUUUUGAUUUUAUUAUUUUUGUUUUCCGAUGUUUUAAUGAAAAUCAGUUUAUUCCAUAGCAAAUGAAAGUUUGGGCCAACCAAAUAUAAAAAGUCACUUCUAAUUACGAAUUUGAAAAAAAACUAUAAAAUAAAAUUUCAACUAUUUCCAAAUGCACAGAUUUCGAAGAAAUUUUCGAAGUAUUUUCGCAUCAGCCAACAGCUCAUUUUGUGAUUUUUCUUACUCUGCCUGCGCUCGCUGCAUAACAAUAAAGUUUUUUUAUAUGUAAUUAAUUAACUGUUCCUAGUUCGUAAAUGCCCUCCCCCCAGCGUACUGCUUACACAUACACAUACAUACAUUUGUGUAGUACUUUUGAGUUUUUCUUCUUUAAAAUACCAUUUUGAUUUGAGCUUUUAAAAAGUCCGUACGCUAUGUAGCAAGAAAGUCACCUACCACCAGCGUAUGCAUGUAUUUUAAUGUACAACUUAGAACUUGGUCUAUUUUUGUAUACCUUAGUAUUUAAAAAAAAACAAAAACAAAAAAAAAAAUUAAAAAGUGAUGAUCAUAGACAACUGUUAGUUUUGUAGCAAUAAGAAAUUUUUGUAUUGUAUUUUUAGUAAAGAUGAAAAAGGAAUAAUUUUUAAAUUUACGAUAAUACAUUAAAAAAAGAAAAACAUGCAAGACACGCCCAUAUCUGUUUUGUAUUACUGAACUGUGUUUCCGAGGUGUGAUAGAUAUUUGAGAGAUAAAAAGUAAACAAAAAACAAAAAAAAGAUGAAGAAGAAAACCAACAAAUAGUAUAGCCUAGUGAAAUUUCUGCAUUAAGUUGCGUUCUAAUUUUUUGUGUUUUUAUCAAAUUUUGUUAAUAUUUUCGUUAGAAUACUACAAUAAGAAGGCAUGAAUACCCGCAAAUAGCCUUACUUUUAGUAUAUUAUUGCCUUUGCAAUAAAAAAAAAAAAUUUACAAUAAUUAUUAAUUUCUUAUGUGACUCGCUGAAGUGUCUUAACAUUCGUAUGUAUACAAGUUUAUUUAAUUUUACAUUUUUCUUGUUCAUUUUUUUUGUUAAGUUGAAAACUGCACUCAACUGCAACUUGUUUUGCCUUUCAACUAUUUUAUUAUCAUAAAUACUAUUGUAAUGCAUUAGUAAUUGCACUUGAAGGGUAUACGCCAGAAUUUGUUUUUGUUUUUAUUUGAAUAUCUCUAAACGUAAUUUUAACUAAACUAAAACACAUAAAGAAAACUACUAACAAUUUGUGUUGCAUUUGUUUACGUGUUUAAACUGAGAAAUAAAAACAAAAAUAUUUUUAAUAUCUAACGAAAUUGCCGAAAAAGCUACCACAACUGAAUGUAUUUAUGAGAAAAAAAGAAGAAAAUUCAACAAUAAUUUUAUGUUGCUGAAAACUAAUUUUUUGAUAUGGGAAUUCAAUGAUUUUGUGAUCUAUUAUCUAUUUACUUUUAUUCAGCUUAUUUAAAAAUAUUUUAUUAAAAUAUUAAAAAAAAACUAUCCAUAUUUAAAUUGUAUGGCGGCGUAUCGCAAAAAGUAAAUUGUUAAAAAAGCAAAUAAAAAAUAAAUAAGUAUAUAUACAUUA